AUGAACGAAAUAUUGAAUUAAGCUGUAAACUCUUUUGACGAGAAUGUUAUUGUAUUUGAUAGAAAUAGUGAUCACACUGUUAAUCAAUUAAAAACAAACUAAAAUACUAUUAUAGAUUAAAGUGCUUAAAAGAAUUCAGUGGAAUUAAUUGACUUAUUUAUAGGAAUAACAUUUGAUGAAAGGUUAAACGAAAUUGAAUAAGAUUACUAUCAUUUAAUAAAUGAUAAAAUAGAUGUCGUGCAAUUACUUUGUAAUGACACCAUAGAUAUUACACACUUUAAAAUUAAAGCAAAUCUAUUUUCUUAAAAAAGGAAUAAAUUUCUUACUUAAUUGCAAGAGCUAAGUAAAAUAAAUAGACUUAAUUCUAAAAUUUAGUUGAUGCAAGAAGGUUAUAUCAAUUAUUUUUCAUUCGGAGAGAAGAAAAAGCAAUUAUUUAAAAAAGUAAAAGCCUACUAGAACAAUUAAAGUGAUAGCAACUAGAUAAAUAAAUAAGAGACUGAGAUUUAAUCCUCCAACAUAAGUGUUAUCAAGAGAAAAAAAAUAAAACUUGAGUAGGGAAUUUUCGAAAGAAAAAAUUGUGUCAUUUUUGUGAGUUUACUCGGCGAGCCUGGUAUAGUAAAAAGAGUUCAACAUUAAUUUGAAAAUAUUUUUGGAUAUAGUACAAAGUAAAUUAUUGGAUAAAACAUCAACUUGAUAAUACCAAAUAUGAUUAAAAAAUUUCACAAUUCUAUAUUGCUAGAUUUUAUUAACAAUCCCUAUUUAGAAAAAGGAAAUUAGAUAGAUUACGGAAGCUAAAUAAAUUAAGAAAAUUAAAAUUUUGAUAACUAAUACUAAAUAUAUGAUUUACGUUAGUUGCUUCUGGCCAAGGAUUUGAACGGAUGGGCUAUUCCAGUUAAAAUAGCAAUGAAAACAGAUGUAAUAGGGUUUGAAGAUUGUGGAAUAACAAGCUAUAUUUAACAAAUUAAAGAUGAUUGUUCUUACAUACUGAGUAACUGCGGCUAUUUUAAAUGCGAGUUAAUGAGCUAAAAGCUAUAUGAAAGAAUGUUUACUUAGUAUAUAACCACAUCUGAGAUCAGUCAUAUCUAUUUUAAUAGAGUAAUUCCAAUACUACAUUAUUUAGAGAAAGAAUGGCUAAAACUUAGUUCUAGCAACACUAAUCCAGACUCAUUUAUUCAUCCUAAUCAAAGAGACUUUUUCAGUACAAUAGCGUUUUUACCCAAGAUAAAUACAAGUUUAGUAAAGAAAAGAUAAUAUAAAUUUACUCAAAAACUUGAAUACGAUAAUUUAUAGGAUGAGAUAGAUAAAUACAGCAUCGAGCACUAUGAUAUUUACUAAGUAAAGUUAAGAUUGUUUCUUAAUAGAAAUAAAUACUUUUAAUACAAUAUUAUUCAAGUCUCUCAAAUUAGAAAACUUAUGCAUCCCUUUGAAAUGAAAGAAAAUUUAAUUAAUUUUGCUAAUCAAAUGUAAUUAUUUUUAGGAAUCAAAUACAACACACACAGAGAUAUUCAUAAUAUCUAACUGCUUUUAGACUUAUAGCAAUUUGAUGCUACAUCUUAAUUAUAAAAUAGUUUUUUUGAAAUUCCAUAAACAAUUUAAGAAGAUAAUGAAUAAAUAUCAGACCGAAAGAAAGACUAUUCAUAUAUUUUUCAUUCUAAAUCUACCUAAAAAACAUUUGAGAAUGGAGAAAAAUAAAUACUUGAUUAAACAAGUGAAAUGAAAUAAAAAACUGUAUUUAAUCAAGAUAAAUUUGAUGAAACUCAUCAUUAAUUAUAAAUGACAGGAAGAAACGUAUAAGAUAUUGACAAUAAUUACAGUUAAUAAAACCUAGUUCACCUUUCUUCAAGGAAUGACUUAAAUACUAUUGUAAAUGGUUUAGAUGCUACAUAGAACUAAAUUUUGGAUCAAAAUCAAAGCUCAAGAUAUUUAUUUUCAAAAAAUAUUUUAUAAGAAGAGAGAGAAUUAUAGCAGCCUAUUUAAGGUUAAAUUGGUAGUCUUUAAUAAAUGCUAACAUAAAAUCAUUUGUUAUUACAAAACGAAGGAGAAGAUGAUUAUAAGAAAAAUACAAAAAAUAUCAAAGUAAUAGAUGACAUGACAACUGUACAAGAAAAAUCUGAAAGCAAACAAUUAAAUAGCAUUUAUCAAUCAUCACAUAAUUAAAAAAAUGUAGGAAGUUUUUCAAAAAAUUUUACUACCCAAAAUAGCUUUAACUCUAAAAACUUAGAAUUGACAUAGUUUUAUAACUCUUAAAAAACCUAAAAUAGCAAGAGAAAAGGAUAUAAAAAAUUAUUUAGCAAGGGUUAAACAGAAAUUCAAAACCAACUUCAGAAUUUCAAAGAGUACGGUUUUUCGAAACCAGAUUUCAAGAUGCUCAAAUAUUAAAACAAAGGAGAUGAUUAUUUAAAUUAAGCCUAGUCUUUUACAGUUUCAAAUGAAAGAGAGAAAAAGUUAAGAAAGGAGUAGGAAGAAAAGUCAAAAGCUCUAGAAGCAAGCUCUAUUAAAAGUAGUUAAAGCUACAAUCACGAUUUUAAGAAGUAGAUUAGAAAGAAAGUAUUAUAAAGGAGCCAAAAUUUUAAUCUUAAAAUUCUAAACAUAUUUGGGUAUAUUUCUCUCUUUUGUAUUUCAAUAAUCACAAUUUAUGAAUACUUAAAUUCUAUAUACUCAUUUUAAAUUGUAGAAUAAACAUUUCACUAUGUUUCCUGGCCAAUGAGUUUUAGAAGCAGCUAUUCUAUUUCUGCAGCUUACAUUGCUAUGAUAUAUAUGACAGAAAAUAAAAUUUUUAACAGCCUAAAUGAAGCUUCUGGCUAUGAGAAAAUAGUUGAAGGGCGCUUAAAUCAAACAACUGUUAGACUUAAAAAGGUGUUCCUGACUUAUGAAGAUAGCAAUUUCAAUGAAAUAAAUUUUUUUAAAAGAGUAAACGAAGAAUUAACUUAUUUUACAUUAACUAAAGAUAUUUAUGUUUAGACAGGUAAUAUUUAUGACUAUCAACCAUAAUAUAAAAUUAAUAUUACGAUGACUCUUGCUUACUUCCUACAGAACUCUAUUGCCAAUAUUUAUAGAUUUUCAUUAAGAAAAAACAAUUUAGUAGAAUAAAUUAUCAGAAUAGAUAAUUUUCCUACUUUAAAUGCAAAUGUGACUACAGUAGACCAAAACAUUCACGAUGAAACCAACGAUGUAUUAAAUUCUAUGAAUUCUUAAGCCCUUUUACUAAUGCUCAUUGUUAUUUUAGUUUCGUUUACAUUGAUUAUAAUGAUAUUUCCUCUUUAUUAUACAAUACAAAAGAAAAAUGAAUAAAUUCUUAAACUUUUUGCUACAAUGCAUUAGAACUCUUUAGAUGCAGUAUUACAACCACUAUAUAUAUCUAUAUUAAUGUAAAAUAAAAGAUAGAGCUAAAAUUUAACCAUGAAACCUCAUAUUCAAAAAAAGAAAAAUAUUUCCACAACAAAUUCACUUCCAAAAUACAAGAUCUCGUACAUUAUUUUUACUAUGAUUGCUUUUAUCUGUUUAAUAGUACAACCAAUCGUUAACUUAAUUCUAAUCAAUAAUUUCUAGGAUUAGAAUCUUCAAAAUUUGGCCCUAUUAAGUAAUUUGUAUGAUAUGAGAGCAUAAUUAAUCAGCAAUACUGCUUAGAAUUACAAUUAUUUAACACAUAGAUUAGAUACAAAUUACUAACUGUACAACCCUAAUUAUUAUAAAAAUAGAAUAGCUUAGCUUAUAACAUAAAAUCAAGGUAAGUUAAAUAAUAUGUACAGUGUUUUGAACUCAUAAACUAAUAUUGUUAGAUUUUAACAAAGUAAAUUUAAUUCGUUCUUUAACUAAAUAUUUUAUGGAAAUGUUUGUGAAGCUUUAUAAAAUAACCCAGAUUAUGUAUCUCAAGAAAAUAAUGUAAAUUACAAUGAAUGCAUUAAUAUUGGAAACGGAAGAUUUAAAUAAGGAUUUAUAAUAGUGCUAAAAAAUUUCUUAAGCACAAUUGAAGAUUUAAGUUACAUUUACAAAAUACAAGAUAAAAAUUUAUUUAAAGAGGCUGCAUAUAAGUGGGAGAAUACAGUAAAUAUAAAGAUAUUUGAUGAUACCUUUGUAGUACUUGCAAAAUCAAUGGAUAGUUUUAAAGAUUUCAUGCUUACUAUGAUUUCCGAAUAUGUUGAUUAUGUGAAAAUGAUUUUAACUGCACUUUUAAUUUUCUAAUUUUGCAUGCUCAUUUUGAUAUUCUAUUUUGGGUGGGUUAAAUUCUAUUAACUGACAUCAUAGGAUAUGCAUCAAGUAAAAUCUCUUUUUAGUAUCUUUCCAAUAGAUAUUGUUUUAGAUAAUCCUUACAUCAUAUCUUUCCUAAAUAAAUGA